UCGACGUACCGCGGCUCGCGCGCUCGAAAUUUUUGUGCAUCAUCAACAUUUAAUUGCCGACAAUCGCGCAUUCCCAUCGACAGUCAAGAAAUAGUGACAGUGUGUCGCCGGAAAUAAACAGCAAUAAUUGAAUGAGACAUUAUGUCUGAGGAUGCUGUGGAGUCCGAGAAGCCGUUCGCAGUGGAGCGGGCUAAAACGGGCCGCGCAAAAUGCAAGAAAUGCAAGUGCCCGAUUGAUAAAGAUGCUGUGAGGAUCGCUAAACUCAUGGCUAAUCCCUUCGGGGAUGGCAAAAUGAAGGCCUGGCAUCAUGUCGACUGCAUUUUCGAUGUUUUCGCCAAGCAGCGGGCGACGACGAAGAGAAUCGAAGAUCCCGCUGAGGAUAUCGAUGGGUGGGACGAACUCGGGGAUGAUGAUCAAAAUUUAAUAGCUGAGAAACUUAAGGAGUUCGAGGACAAUGUUCCAUUCAAGGCGAAACGCCAUGCAAGUCCGAGUCAAGCGGAGCCGCCAAAGAAGAUCACGAAGAAAACUCCGACUAAAGAGACUACAGCUCCCAAACCCAGCGCUAAACUCACGCCUUCAAAUGAAAAAUCCACAUCUUCCAAUCGAGACAAUUCCUUUCGCGAAUUCCGGAGGAUCUGCGCGGACAUUGCGAACGUUCCCGCGUACACCGAUAAAACAGCCGUUGUCAGAAAAAUGUGGAAGAAGGGCGCCGAUGGGAGUGGCUUCAAAGGAGACAUUGUACUGUGGUGCAGGAUGCUCCUACCCAUGGCAGGUAGACGUAUUUACAAUCUCCAGAGUAAACAGCUCAUCAAGCUUUUUUCUCGCAUCCUACGUCAGGAUGAGGAAGCCAUGCUGGAGGAUCUGGAGCAAGGAGACGUUGCAGAAACAAUAUCAACAUUUUUCGGAAGCAGCACAGCUAUCCGGAGGGGCACAAAGAGUCUCCUCACACUGCAAGAGGUGAAUGAAUUUCUGGAGCAGUUUGCGAAGAUGACGAGAGAAGACGACCAAGUGUUACAUUUCAAGUCUAUUAUAGACAGAUGUACUCCAAAUGAUCUUAAGAUGAUAAUACGACUGAUUAAGCAUGACCUGCGGAUAAAUUGCGGUCCAAAGCACAUUCUUGAAGCCAUCGACGCCGACGCUUAUCGAGCUUAUCAAGUAUCCAAUAAUCUAGAGGCGGUGGUGACACGUUUCACACGAAAGGAUCCAGAAGCCGUAGCGGGCACUUCCGGCGCCUCUUCCUUGCCCUUGAAAGGGAAGAUUGUUCUGUCAUUGAUGACUCCCGUUCUACCCAUGCUGGCGGAAGCUUGCACAUCAGUCGAGAUGGCGAUGAAAAAGUGCCCGAAUGGCAUGUUGGCUGAGGUUAAAUAUGACGGUGAAAGGGUUCAAAUUCACAAACAGGGGCACGAAUUCAGAUAUUUCAGUCGUGCUCUCAAACCUGUGGUGCCUCACAAGGUCAGCCACUUUCAGGAUUACAUUCCAAAAGCGUUUCCAGACGGUGAUGAUCUGAUUUUAGAUAGCGAAAUACUUUUAAUUGAUAUGAAGACAGGCCAGCCGCUGCCGUUUGGCACUCUAGGGGUUCAUAAGAAAGCUCAGUUCCAAGACGCGCAGGUCUGUAUCUUCAUCUUCGAUUGCAUGUAUUAUAACGGUGAUGUACUGAUGAAUAAGACAAUGCGAGAAAGACGAGAAAUACUGAACAAACGGAUGACUGUUAUUCCGAACCGCGUGAUGCUUUCGGAAGUCGAAGAAGUUACUGAUUCAAAUGAUCUCGCGGGGAUGAUAGCGAAGGUUCUUAAGAUCGGACUAGAGGGUUUGGUACUGAAAGACGUGGAUAGUACCUACGAGCCCGGAAAACGCCACUGGUUAAAGGUAAAGAAGGACUACUUGUUCAACGGAGCAAUGGCCGAUAGCGCAGAUCUCGUCGUGCUUGGCGCUUGGUACGGCACCGGCAACAAAGGUGGAAUGAUGUCGAUUUUCCUCAUGGGUUGCCACGACAAAACCCGGGAUAAAUGGGUCACAGUGACCAAGGUCCACGGCGGACACGACGACGCUACCUUAGAGCGAUUGCAGGACGAACUGGACAUGAUUAAAAUCGGAAAAGACCAGAAUCUGGUGCCAAACUGGUUGAUUGUCAACAAACCAAUGGUCCCAGAUUUUCUAGCCCGUGAUCCCAAGAUACAACCGGUAUGGGAAAUAACAGGAGCGGAAUUUACGAAUCAGGGGGUACAUACUGCCGAGGGCAUAAGUAUACGUUUUCCACGCGUGACCAGAAUAAGAGAUGAUAAGGAUUGGGCAACAGCAACAUCGCUUGAUGAAUUGCGACAACUUUUUAAAAAGCGCUCCGACUCCAUCGAUUUCUCAUUAUUACUGGGCAAUAAGUCUGACACUAAAAAGACAGGUAACAAGAAGACCAAGAAGUUGGAUAACUAUUGUAUAAAAGGAGUGAGGGACAGAGUCAACGAAGAGACGACUGUAAAUGAGAUUAAGCCUGAUGUUGGAAUAAUGGAUUAUGACGUAAAUAAGAAAAGUGCGGAUGGGCGAGGAACACUGGAUGCAGAGAACUGUGCGGAAUUAAAAAAAAAUGAUGCAGGGAGGGGUAAUGAAGCCGCUUUUUAUGCUUUUCUCGACAAUGACUACAUUGAGUUUACCGCCGAUGGGAGACCUUUGAAUUGGAUAGAGGGUCGCAAACCGAGGGAAGGGCUGCCUCGAGAUGCUAAACCAUUGUCGGAGAGGCGCCCCGGUGAAGUUGCGUCGAGGGGAGUUUUGGGGAGAGUCCACGCUUUCAUUAGCGAGAGUGUUCCGGGGGAACGGAGGAGGGUAUUGGCACGGACUCUGAAAACCUUGGGAGCUGCAGUCCUGGAGGAUGCGGCCAGUCGAUGUGAGGUCACUCACGUAAUUUACGACAAAAUGGAAAUAGAUGAAGGAGAGCUGAGGGAGUGUGCGGCACCCUCGGCGCAACGUGUAAAUGAAUCUUGGAUAGAGUCUGUAGUUUCAUCUUCCCGUAACCAGGAUGAAUCACCCCACGCCGUUACGCUUCUGGCCAUUCGCUGUGACUGCGAGUGUACUUACCAUUGAUGAAAAAACUGGGCCAUGAUGAAAAUCAAAUGUGAGGGGUUUUAAAGAUCACUUUUUCAUUCCACCGGCCUCUUCGUGACUGUCCAUUAUGUUGCAAAUGCACUUCAUUGAAUUUAAAAGACCUCUUUAAGCCGGGUAAUAGAGGCAUUGUGCGGUAUUAACGAAAAAUGUGAUUCUACACACACGAAAAAUGCAUAGAAUGGCGUAAUGAAUUUGAGAGAAAAUUGUAUUGAAUUUCUAUGCAAUUGGGGGUUUUUCCAUUAUAAAAAAAUCUAAUGUAACGU